CUAAAGGUGAUGUCAGGAAAGAUGUGCAGCAGCAGUAACAGCGUCGUUCAGGCUCAGAAGCUGGUGGAUCAACUUCGAAUGGAGGCGGGCAUGGAGAGAAUCAAGAUCUCACUGACCGCUGCAGAUUUGGUCCGUUACUGUCAGGAGCACAGAAGAAGUGAUCCUCUGCUCACCGGCAUUGCCGCCUCGUCCAAUCCUUUCAAAGAUAAGAAGACCUGCGUGCUGCUUUGA